AUGGCCGUCACGAUUGUCGGUCUGCACUCGAUGACGCCCACCCACCUCACCAUCACGGCCUCCGGCGACGGCGGCCCGUCGUCGCCCGCCGACGCCACGAACGCGACCCACGCGACCAUCGGCCCCGCUUCCCCCUCGCCCUCUCCCGAGCCUGAGCCCGCGCCUCGCUACCUCACCGCCGCGCAGGCGGCCCUCGCGGCCGUGCAGGCGCGUAUCGCGACGGCCCGCGCCGCCGAGGAGGAGGAGCACCUGCCGUUCCUGCAGGCGGGCUUCCACGUCGCGACGCGCAUGCUCUCGCGCGCGCGCCUCUUCCGCCGCAUGCGCCGCGGGAUGGGGGGCAAGCCGCGCGCCUACGUGCACGCGCGCAUCGAGCGCAUCAUCGCCGAGGCCGCUGCCGCGCAGGACCCCGAGUUCGAGCACGCGAUGCUCGGCGGCGCAGAGGUGUUCACUACUUGCCACCGCAUGGUGUGCCUGCGCACCACGCCGACCCAGUGGGACCACGUCUUUGCCGCCGAGAUCUUCCAGAGGAAGUUUUACGCGUUCGUCCGCGACUUCUGGGCCUACGACCUCAUCGACAACGACUUCGAAGUCAUCCCCGCCGAGCUGCCUCCCCUCUGGGAUGUCGGCAGCUAG